AUGGAGGUGCUCUCCCCUCGACCGGUCAACAUCCCAAUGCAGCCCCCGAAAGUGACAAAGAGGCCCAAACCAGACUCCAGGCCCAAAUCCGAGGAGAAGCCUACGAACCCUGACCGAAUCGAUGACAAAUGGCGGCCGCCUCCCACCAUCACCGAGCCCGGCUCGUCGCCCGAGACGUACCUGACGGGCAGGAAGCUGGGCAAAGGAGGUUUCGCGGUCUGUUUCGAGGGAAGGACAAAAAGAACAGCGGACGUAUUUGCUCUCAAGGUCGUCAAAGCAAAGGUCGAACAGAAGAAGAUGAUGGAGAAGUUCCGCACCGAACUUCAGAUUCAUGCCAAAAUGCACCAUCCGAACAUCGUCGAGUUCCUGCGGGCAUUCACAAUCGGUGACCAUACCUAUGUUGUGCUCGAAUUGUGUCCGAAUGGGAGUCUGGCGGAGAUGGUGAAAGCCCGCUCAUGCCUGAGCCUACCAGAGGUUCGGCGAUAUAUGAUCCAGAUCUGUGGGGGGGUCAAAUACAUGCAUAAACGAUCCGUCAUCCACCGAGAUCUCAAGAUGGGCAAUAUAUUCCUAGAUUCCCGCAUGAACAUCAAGAUUGGAGACUUUGGGCUGGCUGCUGUCAUGGCCGACGAACAAGACCGGAGGACAACAUUGUGCGGGACGCCCAACUAUAUUGCGCCGGAAAUCCUGAGCAAGUCGGGCAACCGAGGACACGACAACAAGGUCGACACUUGGGCCGUAGGAGUGAUUUGCUACGCCAUGUUGAUGGGGGUCCCCCCGUUUCAAUCCAAAACGCAGCAGGAAAUAUACACCAAGUUGAGAACGCUAGAGUACGAAUGGAAAAUCGACAGCAAGAACUACGUCCCCCAACAAGCCAAAGACUUUGUGGCCUCAUGCUUGAACCUGAAUUCAGCAGAGAGGCCAGGAAUGGACGAGCUCGUGGAGCAUGAAUUCUUCACCAUGGGAGCCAUUGCAGAGGAGCUCGACAUUUCCACUCUGAAGGCCAGCCCCUUGUGGCUCGAAAAUGCCGAUCCGCGCGGCGACCGAGUGAGACCCGGCUACGGAGUGAGCCAUAGCCGGAUGUGUCGAGAAUGCGGCGUGGGAAUGGGCUCUGACGGACGCCCUCGGGCGGGAGUUGGUGUUGGGGCGAACAUCUCGGCGUUGGUUGAAAUCGAAGUUGAAAACCGAGAGGGAUGUGCCCCCGUGAUUCCUCUACCGGCAGGAGUGCUGUACAAACAGUUUGCAGACGCUCAUGCCGAAUGGAUGGCCCGUCAACAACAUCCCUUGUUGCCUGCUCGAAUCCGAGGUCGAAAGCCCGUGGUCGACCAUGGAGAAAUAUCACCACCUUUGGGCGGGACCAAGGUUGAAGCUGAGCUUCUGCCUCCUGCUGCUUCCAACCCUCCUCCAGCUCCAAGUGUAAGUGCUUCGGCUCCUCGUGCGUUUCAGAGCUUCGCCGCCCAGCAACGACAGCAAGCGCUACCGGUCGGACUGUCUCGACGGGCAGAACGGACUCAGGAAGUGAGCCAGAAGUCCAAAGAGCCCGAAAGUGCAGCCCAUCCUGUUCAGGCACUUUUGAGAGAACGGCCUGUGAGAGCGGCGACGAUUCGGGUGACUAGGAGUGCCACAUUGCGAGAGCCAAUUUCUCAGACGGCCCGGACGCUGCCUAGAUCAAACACUUUGCCAGAUGCUGUUGACGGACUCACACACGAGCCUGAAGGAAGCCUGGAACAAGGGCAAACACGAAGAGCGCGAGAUACGGUGGCAACCAGCAAAAGAAGCACGGGCGACAUGUUUAACAGGAAACCCGUACGAUCAGGUAUGGUGACGGAGAAUGCAACCACCCGUCCAGCAUCUUCGUCAUCGACGUCUUCUGCAUCGUCGGGAGACGUUCCUGCGCGCGUGCUUCGACCGACGCCUGCCAAUGAUCGACGUCCCAGGGGAGGAACGGCAGGGAAGCACCAAGAAGGGGAACGGGCCGCAUCAGCGUCGUCGUCGAAAUCUCAGAUACGGCCGGGGAGGCACCAACCCAGGAUCAUAUCCCGGCUAGAUGACGCCAUGCCGGUGCCCAACUCGACGGGCCGGGAGGUGUUGAAUUCGCUUCGGUCACUGCACCGAGCGCUUGAUGCCCGCAGCUACGAUGAAGUUGCCAGGCGACCACGAUCAGGAUACGGCACGCGGAAAGUCCGGACGGCGUCGAGCUAUCCCAGAGUGGACAAAUGGGUUGACUAUUCCACCCGUCAUGGGAUUGCCUACAUUCUGUCCGACGCCACGGUGGGUAUGAUUCUGAAGUCCUCGGAAGACAAUUCGAUACCCAGCAGUUGUGUGGUGAUCCGAGAUGCCAGCAACCAUACGAUCCGCCGAGCGAAAGGGCUGGAAUACCAAUUUGUGCCACAAGGACCAGAUGCCCGCGACGUGGAAUUCUAUGAGCAGAGCGACUACGAGGCUGAGAUGAAGCGUCUUGAGGUCCCGGCGCGAAAGUUUUGGCUGGAUCUGGAACGACAUGGCAGUCAGAUUGCGGCGGCCAAUGCGAUCCAGGCUGGUCUCGAGGGCAGUGAGGCGGAGCGGAUGAGGGAGGUUGCGCUGCUGGACAAGUUUGGCAAGUAUAUGAACAAACAGGCCGGGAAUUGGAGCACGGACGGCAAGGCGACGAGCAAAAGCGGGCACUUUGUCCACUUCUACCAACGAGUGGGAAACGUGGGUGUGUGGAGAUUCGCGGAUGGCGGGUUGCAGUUCAACUUCCCGGACCAUACCAAACUCACGAUCCACCAGCAAGAUGAAAAUGUAGAUGGACGGGGACAGUACGUGGUGGAUUGCGUGUAUCUGGUGCCGAGCGACGCGAUCACGGUGGCGCGCCACGGGCUGAUCACGACCGAAGCCAUGGAACGACGUGACCAAGUCAGCCUGCCAUUGGAAGACAUGAUGACCGAAGUGUUGCGGCGGUCGGAGAUGGAGAUUAUCCGCACCAACGAGAUCAAGGAGAAAUUGUGCUGGAUCCGGGCGGUGGUCGGGUGUUGGAUCCAGGAGGGAGGGUUGGGCCGGAUGGGAGAAGAGCGGUUGGGAUGGAGUGGGAUUCAAGAGCGACGAGAUGACAAGAGGAUCAAGUUACAAUGGGUGACGGUGGGGAGAUAUGGGGGGGAUGGGGGGGCAUGA